UACUUCUUGAUACAUUGUUGCAUUCAGACACAAAGUGGAGCUCAACGUUGAAUUAGAUCAGACGGCGAAAAUAGACAUCACAUUGACUGGACAGACUAGGACUAGAAGGUCAUAUUUUUCUCUUGAAAGUUACAGUUCCUGACCCUUUACGUCCACGCCUUUAGGCUAUUGAGUCUGUGGUCGACUUUUUGCAACUGAUCAAGUCACGGUGACAUUAUUCAACGAGAAACGGAGGGUGUGAAAGAAUAGAAAGAGAACGAGAGGGAGAGAAAAGGGGCGGGGAGAGAGAAGAGGGGCGGAUCGUUCAGAACAGGACGGGAGGAAGUUGUCUUGUGAGUCAUCGCUGUGAAACUCACAUUAUUACUGUUGGAGCAGAGCAGAGCAGAGCAGAGCAGAGCAGAACAGAACAGAGCAGAGCAGAGCAAAGCAGAGCAGAGCAGAGCAGAGCAGAACAGAACAGAGCAGAGCAAAGCAGAGCAGAGCAGAGCAGAACAGAGCAGAGCAUCAUUCUGUCUGACUGGAGCCUCGGCGACAACGCACUCUAACAUGGUGAUCAAGGUCUACAUAGCAACCUCCUCCGGUUCCACCUCAAUAAAGAAACAGCAGCAGGAUGUGAUGGGCUUCCUGUCAGCCAAUAAGAUUGAGUUUGAGGAGUGUGACAUCGCUGCCAAUGAGGACAACAGGAAGUGGAUGAGAGAGAAUGUUCCGGAGGAGGCUAGACCCACUGCAGGGAACCCUCUACCUCCACAGAUCUUCAACCAGGACAGAUACUGUGGGAACUACGAGGCGUUCUUUGAUGCCAGAGAAGACAACAUUGUCUACGCUUUCCUGGGUCUCACCGCUCCCCCUGGAUCUAAGGAGGCUGAUGCUCUAGCCAAGAGAGAGCAGCAAUAGUUCCUGACUCCAACCCCAGUCCAGACCAUGACCAAGUCAGAUCCUGCUGGGCAGACCAGACCAUAUCAUUCUCACUUUGUUAGAGGUCAGGGGUUUCUUUCCAGAUGUUUAGUUUAGUUUAGUUGUUGUUGUGUCUCAUGCUUCAGCUGUGCCUUAUCAGCUGGGUAUGAGGAGGUACUGAAGCAGAGCAUGCUGGGUACCCAUGAGCCUCUCCGCUGGCCUUAAAGCCUGUUGUCUGAAUGUCUCCACACCUGAUGUCAUGAUGUUCCAGUCAGUCUGAAUGCGUGUAAUAUCAGAGUAGCACCUCUCUCUAAUGUUAAACACAACAAUGUCUCCUCUCUCCAAAUCUUCUUCCUCUCCCUCCCCACUUCUCAGCAUUCUGACCUUCUCUUUAUACACGGCCCCUUCUAGAUGCUAGUUGUUUUAUGCCUGAGGCCCUGUGACUUAAUGUUUUGAUCUGCUUGUUUUGAUAGAGAUUAAAUGUGAUAAAGAUAACAUGAAGUAAUACAAAUAUAACAUGCCAAAAUAUACUUCUGUAACGGAAGCAGAUAGGUGACCUGUAAUGUGUUAUUGUAAACAUUCUAUUUCACAUCACGUCUGUAUACAGCUAACUACUAACAGAUUCACACAUUUACUGGUCAGAAUGUUUGUUCAGCUUGGUGCCAUAUUAUUAAUAUGGUCCAUAUGAUCAGAAAUCUCUCCUCUGCCUCACCAUAAUGGUCUUAUUUUUAUGUACAAUAAAGAUCUGAGAGUUGUUUUACUGGUUA